AUGAGUAGCAGUAAACGUAUUUAUCCGAGCGGUGCAAAGAAAAGAAAACUAAAGAGUGAAAUAGAAGCAUCUAUCAAAAAACUAAAUCCAAUAACAUCUUUUUUGAAACCAUACUCAAAUGAAAUUGAAAGUCAAAUUGAAAAUGAUACUCAUACUAAUAAUCUUCAAGAUACUUCAAAUUCUAUCAAAAAUAAUAAUUUAGUCACUGAAGAAUCGAUAGAAGUUUCCAGCACUGUGGCCAGUGGCUCAGAUAUUGCAAGCAAUAAUUAUGAAAAUAUAUCUAUAAUCAAUAAUGAAGAGAAUAAAUUUCAUGUCCCUAACCUCCCAUGGGUAAUUGAUUUGUUGUCGAAGCCGAAUCCAACAGACAAAGGACAUUUUCCUGAAAUUUUAACUGCAGAUCAUAAAAAGUUUGUGAUUUCUAACGGUUCAUGUCGACCUGCAGGGCCUUUUCCUAAGAAUAAGGAAACAAAUUCGCAUUUUUCAUCGUAUUUUUACGAAAUGACCAAUAAAGCUGGAGUUAAAAUUCCUAGAACUUGGUUAUGUUACUCGAUGAUUCUUGAUUGUGCUUAUUGUGAAGCAUGCUGGUUGUUUGCAGAUAGAGGACAACCCAAUUUUCAAUUGACUUGGAUCGAUGGAGUGAGUAACUGGACGAAAUUAAGCAAUAAAAUCAAAUUACACGAAAGCUCAAAGAUUCAUUUUGAUGCAUGUAUUCUGUUUGAAUUAUGGCGAGACAAAAAGAAUAUUAAUAAUUAUCUUGAAGAACAAACAUUAAAAGAAAAUAACUUUUGGAGAAAUGUUUUACACAGGAUUAUAAAUGUAAUUUUAACAUUAUCAACUUGUAACCUUCCUUUUAGAGGCCAUCGAGAAUGUAUAGGAGACAUAGGUCACAACGGUAUCUUUUUAUCAAUAGUGGAAAUGCUUGCAAUUUAUGAUCCAGUUUUAAAAGAACUCAUUUUGAAACCUGAGAACUCGACACGAUACUUGAGUCCACAAAUUCAAAAUGAGUUAAUUGAUUUGUUAUCUAAAACUGUUGAAAAUAAAAUCACUAAUGCCAUUAAAGAAGCACCUUUCUUUUCUAUAAUAAUGGACACAACACAAGACAUCACUAAAGUUGAUCAACUUAGUCAAAUAUUCCGCUACGUACAAAUUGAGAAAGAUCAAACAGGAAAACCAAAGAAGAUUAAUGUCAUAGAAUCGUUUCUGGGUUUUGAAAAAGUGGAUGAUCAAACUGCUGCUGGAUUAGUAUCUAAAAUUAUUACUGGAAUAGAAGCAAAAGGGAUAAAUAUUCAUAAAUGUCGUGGACAAGGAUAUGAUGGUGCGCGAGUUAUGAGUGGGAUUUAUACUGGAGUUGAAAAGAGAAUUCUCGAAAAACAAGAUAACGCUACUUAUGUACACUGCUGUGCUCAUAACUUAAAUUUAGUCCUUAACGAUUCAGUUGAAGGAAUAUCAGAAGUCCGAAACUUUUAUAAUUGGAUUGAGUCCAUAUAUGUCUUCUUUGCUAAUAGUAUCAAAAGGUGGGACUUAUUAUCAUCCUUCUUACAGAAAAAUGAAAAGCAUUCUGCAUUAAAACUUAAACGUCUUUGUCCAACUCGGUGGUCUUCAAGGGAUAAUGCAUUACAAGCUAUUGCUUUUCGAUAUAACGACAUUGUGCAAGCUUUAUCAAAAAUUAUUUUGAUCAGUAAAUCUACGGAAGAACGAAACAGAGCACAGAGUUUGAAAAAAGAAAUGGAGAAAUUUGAAUUUGUUUUUCAAGUGAUUCUGCAUUCCAAAAUAUUGACAACAACAAAUGCGGUUUCGAAAACUCUUCAAAAAUUAGAUAUUGACAUUUUUCAAGCGACUUCGCUGCUAAUGCAAGCUCAUCAAGAACUAAAAGAAUUUCGAAACAGCUAUGAAACUGCAAAAAAUAAUGCAAUUAUUUUGAGUGCUAAUUGGAAAGUAAAGGUAGAGUUUAGUAAAAAACGCGUAAUGAAAACCAAAAGACAUUUCGACGAAUUGUGUGAAGAUGAAAGACUUACUGACGGGGAAUCACGAUUCAGAGUAAAUAUUUUUUACAAAUGCUUGGAUAUUAUUUGCACACAACUUUCUAAACGAUUUGCAGGUUUGAACGAGAUAACUAGUACUUUCCGAGUUAUUCAGCCUCAACAAUUAAUACAAAUGACGGAUCGGGAUUUGUACAAAGAAGCACAAAAACUUCUUGAAAAAUACCCAGAGGAUAUUAGUGACAUGUUUCCUGAGCAAUUAAUCACCUUGCGAACUUGUCUCAAGGAUAAAAUUACUAAACUUAACUCAAUUAAGGAACUAGCGAAUCUUCUGAUAAUUGAGAAUGCUGCUUUAUCUACCAGUUUUCCAGAAGUUUGCACAGUUUUGAUUUUGUUUUUGACUAUUCCUGUUACAGUUGCUUCGGCUAAACGCAUGUCUCAAGAGCGCUUAAGUAAUUUAAGUAUUCUCUCUAUUGAAUACAAACUUGCUAACGAUUUACGAAACGAUCUUGAUACAAUUAUAGACAAUUUUGCUGAAACAAAAAUUCGCAGAAAACAAGUGUAG